AGCCACGGCCACUGCGGCUCCUGGGCCCGGCUCCUGUAACCACCCACGGGGUUGGGGGGCCCGGGCCGGGGCGCUCGGAGCCUCACGGUCACGGUCACGGACUGUGCCUUCGGGAGGGGAGCGCAGGGAGCCGGAGCCAUGCGCCUGAAACCCGAGAAGAAUCCCGGCGACCAGGGCAGCAGGUGGGAGCGGGCGUCUCUCCACAGCCCGUGAAGGGCACCCGGAGCGCCCUGUGCACACACUGCCCCCGGGGCAGCUGGGGAUGGGGACCGGGAGCCCCGGGUCCCUCCUGCCGCGCUCAGCGCCCGCGAGGAACAAAGCAGAUUGUGUCCGCCGGGCCGGAGGGCCGGAGUCACAAGAUCGCGCGUGUCAUGCAGCGCCCUGGAGUCCCUGCAGGGACCCGCCCGCCCGGGGCCGCCGCCCGCCGCGCCUUCCAGAUCCGGGCCUUCAGCACUGAGCUGAAGCACCAUGUGAUGGUCAUGGAUUUCGUGAAGAGCAGCUGGUUCCCCUCCCAGAGAAGAGCCAAGGUGUGCCUCCUCCGCCUGUACCACGGCCUGAAGCCGGCCGAGAGGAGCGCCGGCCGCUGCGAGGAGGCGCUGGCAUCCCAGAACAGGAAGAUGAUUUCCUCCCUGGUCAUCUCGCAGCUGAUGGAUGAGCACAAGCCCGCGGAGAAGGGGCCCGCGGUGCCCGUGCCCGUGCCCUGUGCCGGCGCCCAGCCGCCCCCGUGGCCCGGGAGGCGCGCCCUGGCCCCCCGCAGCGGAGUCGCCAUCAGCCGGGCCUUCGCGCUGCUUCCAGGCCAGCCAGGGCCUCCGCCCCCCGCCCGGGUGCCUGCACCUGCGCCCAAGCUCACCCCCGAGGAGGAGCGGCAGCCGGGCGGCAGCCCCCAGAGGGGCUUCGCAUCCAUCACCAUCACCGCCAGGCGCGUGGGCCCCCCAGCCAGGGCCCUGGUGUGGGGGCCUGGGGGGAGCCCGCUGUGCACCCGGUGCAGGGCCCCGGACCCGCAGCCCAGGGGCCCCCCUGCCCUGGCCGGCGGCGCUGACCCAGGGCGGCACCACGGACCCCCCGCCUGCACGGAACCCUCCGGAAGCAGCGCCGGGAUGCGGCUGGAGUCCCCCGAGGCCCACGCACGGCUGUGUGACGGACACCAGUGCUGGGGGGCCGGCGGGGACCACAGGCUCUCAGGCCACAGGCAGUCCGGGCGGGGCCCGCUGCUGUUCAGCUCCUGCGUGCACCUCAGGGUGUCUCGGCCGUGCCCCACCGCCCCCUGCUCUCAGGACCGGUCCCUCUCCGUCCCCAUGGAGCCAUCGCAGCCAGCCGGCCCCCAGAAGCACAGGUCCGUCCUGUCGCUCCACCUGAACUGCAGUUCCCACAGGCUGACACCAGAGGGGGCAGGCGGCCCAGCCUCCGGAGGGCCAAUGGGCAGCGGCCUGAAGCAGCCUCUGGCGGAGGGCCCCAGCCUCCUGGGCCCCCACUGGGCCCCCGCCCUGCACCCCUCCGUGGGGCAGGGGCAGCUGGGGGCCAGCACAUGCCCUUGGCGUGGCCCCCCUCCGACGGGAAGCACAGAGCUCGCAGAGGCGGGGACUGAGCAGGUCACUGCGAGGAAGGGGAGCGGGGACCACGGGACUCCCGGCCACACCGGCAGCCACCACACCAGCAGCCACGCCAGUGCCCACACCAACCAGCUGUCCAUCCACAUUCCCGGCUGGAGCUACCGGGCGGGAGACUACACCUGCUGCGACCUGGUGGUGCAGAUAAAGGAGUGCGAGACGCGGGAGGCCACCGCUGCCGCCCCGGGGCCCGCGCCCCCGCCGCCACCCCGGCCCGCGCCCUCGGAGGAGCCAGAGACCCCCGACCAGCGGGAGGACUGCUCCGAGUGCCGGCAAGCACCGGCCAGCAACACCUUGACCCUGCAGGAGGCGCUGGAGGCCCGGCGGCCGCAGUUCAUCUCGCGCUCGCAGGAGCGGCUGCGGAGGCUGGAGCUGAUGGCGCAGCAGAGGCGGGCCCAGCGCCAGGAGAGCCCGGGGCCCAGGCCGGGCCCCCUGCCCGUCCGCACCAGCCGGAGGCAGUUCACCGUCCCCCACCCGCUUAGCGAUAACCUGUUCAAGCCCAAAGAACGGUGCAUUUCGGAGAAGGAGAUGCACAUGCGCUCCAAGAGAAUCUACAACAACCUGCCGGAAGUCAGAAAGAAAAAAGAAGAACAAAAGAAAAGGGUGAUCUUACAGAGCAACAGGCUCCGCGCCGAAGUCUUCAAAAAGCAAUUACUGGACCAGCUCCUGCAGCGGAACGCCGUCUGACCGCAGGCUGCCGGCAGCCCCUGCUGGGCCCGGAGGCUCCCGACGCUGGACACACCAUUAAACAGCCCGCCUUCACCACAGUUUUUACUUCAGAUGAUUUUUUUUUCAUAAAGGAAAACCUUGCUCCCCAAAGUGCUGGCCCCGCGCAGGCCGGACCAAUGCUGCCUGAGGAAGGGGCUCCGCAGACCAGGGCGACCAACCCCUCACCCGCAGACCCCUUCUCCUCGUAUUCCCGAGUUUUCUCUUUGGCUCUGAGCCCCCUUCCCACCUCCAUUCUCCACCCCCAGCACGCCCAGGGGCUCAGGUCCCAGGGGUUAUAUUUUUUACAUCGAAUUUCCAAACCCAAUGCUUUUUACACACCAGCUCCUGACUGUGCCCGCUGUGCCGGCCGCGCUCGGGCACCGCGUGGAGCUUAGGGGCCUCUGGACGCAGCGCCUGGUGCUGGAGGCAGGCUCUGGGUAAGCUCCCGGGCACCGCCAGGGAGCUGGGGCGAGCGGCUCCCCCACCCGCCCCGCACCUCGCCAGCCAGAGCCAGCUCCAUGGCUGCUGCCCAAGCCCCGUCCUCCGCAGCCGCCCCACCGCCCACCCCCGCCCCGGACAGCCGCUGGCGGACGCGGCGGGCGCCCAGGCUGCCACACGUUCUCCCAGCGUUUACGUUGGUCGUUUACCAUUUGGGGAGUUAAGAACCAACUAGUUUUUAUCAAAGACGGAAAUAAAAUAAAGGCAGUUAUUACAAAAAUUCAA